AGCCCGGACGGACGUCAUUCGCAGUUGAGCACUCGUGUCGAGUGGAUCGCAGUUGUCGCGCGCGCAAGUUCAGGAAGAUCAAAGUUACGAUGAAGUUCACGAUUGGGACCGCCACGGUCCUGGUGCUAGCCGCGCUCGUGUCCACCGGUAGUGCGCGACCGGAGGGUUCCGCCGAGACAUCCACCAGUACGUCCACAUCGACCUCGACGAUCGCGAACGGUGAAGAUGUUGGUACAACGACAGCCGUCCCAGAGGAGAGCAAAAUGUCCAAGUUCUUCGACGACGUCUCGUCGGCGUUCAAGUCCGGCACGGCAAAGGUCAAGGAGAGCUUCGAGAGUGCGGCCACGUCCGUCAAGGACGGCGUCCUGCGUGGGUACGGCUUCGUCAAGGACAAGCUGACCGGAACGGCCGACCCGACGGCGGCUCCCGGAAACGAAACGGAGACGAGUUCGACGGCGGCAACGAGCACCGUGGCCGUGACUCCCACGACAAAGUUGGUAUCGGCCCGGUCGAUCACGGGGAAUUCCGCCACGGCCAAGGCGAUCGGCGUGGAGCCGAACGACGAGGAGACCAAGGACGAGGACCGGCUGAUCUUCAUCGGAGACGAGGACACGGCGACGGACGCGGUGGUUCCGACGACGACGACGCCGGCGGCGGGAGCGUCGUCCACGGUCAAGACAAAGCUGGACGACCGGUGGAUCAUCGACGGUCCGACGGCUUGCAAGUCCGGCCAGGCGGUGGUCAACGGCAAGUGCAAGAACGUGUUCUGAGCAGCUGCCGACAGGGUUGAUCGUCUCUCUAAUUUUCCUGUUUUUUUUUUUUGUUUGCUUGGGGUACAGAUAAACAGACUUAAAAGUUGAUUUGUUUGCUAGCGACAUCUAGUUAGUAGUGAAGUUAGUAGUGAAGUCUGGUGAUGAACACAAUGAAGGAUACAAUGUUUGUUUACAUUUUGACUUUGGUAUAUUCACAAUGUUUAGCUUGAAAUACGCAAUGUUAUGAUCGCACUUUUCAAACUGUCAAACUGCUUUUCGAUGAUCUAAACCAAAAACAAAUCAUCGUGGUCGUGCUAUCUUGAAUUUCGAAAUUUAGCUUUUUGACAUUUCGUGAAUAAAAAUUCGUUUCAAAGAUUUUCCAUGACUGAAGAAAAUAAAUAUCAUGCAAUGUGCACUGCUGUAAAUUCGCUUUGUCAAUCUGACCACUCAGAAAAUAGCUUGAAUUUGGAUCCGGAGUCACACGUAUCAACAACAAAAUGUAAACAUUAAGAGGGACUUCAAAUCAAAUCAUAAUAUUUAUCAUUUUUGACAGGAGUGGUGGUGUAGCUACACCACCAUACCUGUCAAAAAUAGUAAAUAUUAUGAUCAGAUUACAAGACUUGUUAUUCAUUUUGAAUUCGUAGUUGUAGUUAUUCUAAGUAAUACCUCGAAUCAUUACUGACAGUUAUCCAACCAAUUAGGAAACUAAAGUCCAAGAGAAACGUCAGUCAAACGCCCAACUUCUACGUCUGUUGCUCUGUGCCAAACUCUUUGCGUUAGCCGUCUGAUCGCUAGGAUCUACGCUGGCCCUCCCCCUAGAAGUGUGAUUUAUUAAAUUAAUUCCAUAAUGCCCGCCGCGGGAGAUCAUUUCGCGCUUAAGUAUUUGUGUUUGUGUGUAACCCGAUGGAAUCUCGCGUCGAAUAAAUUGAAUUUACUCUGA